AACAACUACAAUACAAAUAAAUUUAUUUAAUUUGUAAAUUAGGUUUAAUAUAAUGUACAUAUAUGACAGCAGAAACAAAGCUAAUAUAUAUGCGUUGAUUUUAAGAAGGUAUUAUUUUGGGGUAAAAAAUCGAUUUUUUUAUAUAUUAAUAUAUGUAAUAUUAGAAAUCUUUUAAAAUAAGUAAGUGAAAGUGUUGUCAAAAAAUUGGAAAUAAUUCUUAGAAGUUAUAAAUGUUUGUAACCAAACACCGUGUCAGGAUAAUUGUCAGGACCUAGCAUCGCAGUCGCAAUAGAUUUAUUUGUAUGUCCUUUCUCAAAAGUUUCUUUUUCUUUUAUUAUUGUGUUGGUUCCUUAAGAAUAGAGUAUAAUAGAGACGUUCUUUAAAAAUAGUAAGAUACAAAGAUAUUUUCGAUUUUAUUUGGAAACUCAUCGUUCAAUUCGUUUCAAAGUUUGCAGUACGAUGGAUGUCUAAUAUAAUAUUUAGCGAUUUUUUUUGCAUUGCUGUACAAACUGUGUAAAGAGAAAAUGGAUAGAAAAGGAAGUCAGAAGAAGAGAACGUAUCCUGGAAGACAAAAAAACGUAGAUUUCAAUUUCAUGGAAACAUUCGGUACACGAAAAAAAAUCCUAGUGACACCUCGGCUCCAGCAGUAAAAAGAGAGAAAAGUGAUGCUGAUAAAAUGAAAUUUCCACAUUCCAAGAGUACGAUUAUUGUUUUAUCAAGUCUUUAAAAAUUUUCUGCAUGAUAAGUUAAUUUAACCGCAUGUUUGUAAUAAAUCGUCGUAUAGUUUUUACUAUGCGUCUUUUAGGCGUUGGUUUCCAUAUAGGUUAAACAUCAAUUAAUUUGAGUGUCAAAUUCGAAUAUUGAUUAAUUAUCGAUGUCACAUUCAUAAUAUUCAUUUCAUACUCGCACACGUGCGGCGAGAUAAUGAAGAUUAUAUUACGCAUAGAUAAUUGUACAUAACCUUUAAUACAUUUUAUGCACACAUGAUCCAUUCGUUUGUACGAAUAGCUGCCAGAUCGCUGCACAGUGUUACAGGAGAUUCGUCGAAAAUGGAGCAAACAAUUGCUCACGCCAAGAAAAUUGCAGCUUACAAAGCCGUGAACGAAUAUGUCCAAAAUAACACUGCAAUUGGGAUUGGCAGUGGAUCCACUGUGGUUUAUGCUGUUCAAAAACUUGCCGAACGUGUUAAAGAAGAAGGACUCAAUGUAAUCUGUAUCCCUACAUCAUUUCAAGCUCGUCAACUUAUACUAGAUCAUCAUCUAACCUUAGGUGACUUAGAAACUUAUCCACAGCUGGAUUGUGCAAUUGAUGGUGCAGAUGAAGUUGAUAGUGAUCUGAAUCUCAUUAAAGGUGGUGGAGGGUGUUUGCUACAAGAAAAAAUUGUUGCUUCCUGUGCCAAGCGCCUUGUUAUCAUAGCAGACUAUACAAAGAAGUCACAAAAGUUUGGCGAUCAAUAUAAGAAGGGAAUUCCUAUUGAAGUAAUUCCUAUAGCAUAUGUGCCAAUUCAACAUAAAAUUGAAAACAAAUAUGGAGGAAAGUUGAAACUCAGAAUGGCCGUCGCUAAAGCUGGUCCAGUAAUAACAGAUAAUGGUAAUUUUAUUCUGGAUUGGUGUUUUCCUCAAAACAUAGAAUCUUGGUAUAGUAUUAACAACGAAAUAUCCUUGAUACCUGGAGUCGUAGAAACUGGUCUAUUUCUUAAUAUGACCAACAAAGUUUACUUUGGCAUGGAGGAUGGUAGUGUACAGGAAAAAGGAAUUAAACAGUCUUCAUAAUGUACGUUAAUGUGUGUACAUUUUCGAUGUACAUUGUCAAACAAGUUCGACAAAUAGUAUUGUUAAAGCUAAAGAUUCCCGAUAACCUUUCUUUGCAAUUUUGCCUUUUAUUUAGCUGUAUGCGUUAUUCCAGUUGCGUUAUCAUCGACAUGUUUUUCAUAUUUUUUAUGUACGCAAUUUGUAAACAGUAGAUUUUGUAUUUUCUUUAUUGCUAAUAUGUAUAAACUGUAAUUAUCUUCAAUCAUAAAGUAUUUUAUAUUUCAACAAGUCAUACUAUAGAUCGCAUAUUUUGUAAAGUUGGUCACAUACAUUCAAAUAAAUUUGUCGAAUAUUUGUGAUAACUGUGCAGUUUAGUCAGCUAGACAUUACGAUCGAUAGAUUUGCACAAGCGUGUUUUUGCAAUAUCCAUAUUCAGUUUAAUAGUAAAUUGUGUAAAAUAUACACCAAAGAAUUACUUUUUAACCGAAUAAUAUUAAAAAUCUAACAAUGGAAAUGAGAAAAGUGAGAAGUAAUCGCUUUAUAAAACAUAUUUUUAAAAACAGUGUGAAUAGAGUUUUUUGUGCCAAGUAAAAAUUUGAAAUCUAUUUUAUGCAACAUUAAUAUUAAUUAAUUAAGAAUAAUUAUUAAUAUUAAUGUUGUAUAAAAUAAUAUAAUAAUUAAGAAGCUAUUCUUUGAUAUAUGUUUCAACAUAAUUACUUUUAUUUGCAACGCUAACUUUCUAUUAAUCUGAAGUUUACCAUAUUGCUACACAUGCUUCGAUUUAUUUGAGCAAGUCAGUUUAGUAUAAGUAAUAAUGAUUUUUCAAAGUUACUACAAUUGUUUACAUAAGUCAAAAAUAACUGUGCAAUCUUGUUACCUAUACAUUCCAAUUAACUUGCUCAAACAUGCUCAUGCAUACUUUAUAAGUUUACUUACAAGUUUACUUGAACGUGGCCGAUUUAUUAAAUAUAAAUAAUAACAGAAUUUUUUUGUAACAUGUAUUUUAAAAAAUGUUUAUUUCUAAGUAACAGGUUGUAUAGCUAUAAAAACAAGGUGAAAAAUAUAUAUUUUUAUACAAUAUUCUUUGUAUUCUAAUUUUCACACAUUUAUAAAUAAAAAAUAAUUUUUCAAUAGAA